AUGAAAUAUCAAAGGCUAUUGAAGCCUACCAUCAAAGAAAAAAAGCCAAAAAUCAAACCGUUGUCACGAGAAUUCGGGGUUCCGUAUAACAGGUUCUAUACACGGAUUCACGGUCGCAAAAACAGUUCAGGCCGCGCCGACUCUACCAAAGCUCUCAAUCUUCUUCAGGAAAAAGCAUUGCUUAGCUGGGUUGAAGCGCUAGAUACUAUCAAGACCACACCUACGCCAAUAUCAAUUAAAUCGGCUGCAAAUUGGCUUUUAGCCCAGUCUAGCGAGGAAAAAACUGUCGUGGAGAUAUUGACAAUCUUACUAUUUAGUUUCGUUCUUAAGAGGUAUAAUAUCGAGCUAUAUAAGAUCUACAAUUGGGAUAAAACCGGCUAUCAAUUAGGCCAGGGAAAGAAACAAAAAGUGGUCUCUUCUCGUACGUAUAAUCCUAUUGCUACUGGGGGAUAUACUGAAUCAAUUACUGGUAUUGAAUAUAUUGCUGCCGAUAGCUGGCUUUGCUCUUUUUAUAAAGUAACUAUCUCUCGUAUUGACGAAGGCCGGCCGCGUAUUUUGAUAAUAGAUAACUAUAGUUCUUAUAUAACUAUCGAAUUUAUCACCUUUUACACCCAGUAUUUUAUUAUCCCAAUCUGGUUUUUACCCUAUAUAACUCACUUUACUCAACCGCUGGAUGGCGAGGCUUUCCAAUACCUAAAACAUUAUUUUCGUACAGCGGAUAAUAAUACUAGGAUCAAUAAGCUUAAUUCUAAGCUUAUAGAGGACCUACAGGCUCUAGAUAAAAAUUCCGUACGCCUCCGAAAGUAUAUCCAGCGUUGUAUAGAUAGAAGUGCGCUUAUAGCCCAGAAGCUGGCCCAUAGUGAGCGAGCUUUAACUAAGGCUCGCGCCCACAAAGCUCAGCGGGAGGCUCCAAAAAAUCGGCGGUCGAUUCUUGGAGCUAAUCAAAUUGCUCUCUCUCCUGCGCUUGCUAGUAGGAAGAUUGAGCAGAGAUUGGAUACCGAUGCAAGAAAAAUCAUGCGGCUACAGGCAAAAUAUACCAAGGAUUUAGAAGCUGAACAACAGGCCCAAUUGGCGAGGGAUGAAGCUGAAAAUGCAAGGAUAGCUAGUUUAAUGGCUAAAAAUACUACUGGAGGAAAUCGGUAUAUUGAUAGUAUAGGGACAUCGAGUUAUUGA